AUGGCGAUGGGGGUCACAGGAUCGCAUAUUUUCCUGCUGACGGCGAUACUGAAAGUGAAGGAUAGAUGGGGACGGACACAUCUCGCUAGGGCGUUGCUGGAUUCAGGUUCACAGGCAAAUCUCAUGUCAGAAAGACUAUGUCAACUUCUCAAACUUCAACGUAGCGACAAGAAAGUGGAAAUUAGCGGAAUCGGACAAACAAGAAGACAUAUUUCUUGGGAAGUAUCUACGGUUGUUAGCUCGCGUACGCUAGAUUUUUCGUUGCCAAUGGAAUUCUUGGUUUUGGGGCAGGUAACAGACAAUCAGCCAUCUACAUCUAUACCAUUGGCGCAUUGGAAUCCACCGUCCGAUAUGGAUUUAGCUGAUCCUGAAUUCUACAUUUCGCGUCCGAUUGACUUGGUACUUGGUUCACAGUUUUAUUACGAUUUUCAUCUUAUGGAUGGUGGUCGGUUACAAAUUCGUAGGAUCGACAAUACUCUUCCAGUUUUUGUCAACACGGUUUUCGGAUGGGUUGCAGCAGGUGAAUCCGAUUGGAACGGUGGAAUAUCAACAGUGAGCUGCAACUUAGCUGUAACAAAAUCGCUGAAUAAAUCCAUCGAAAGGUUUUGGACAAUCGAAGAACUAUCGGAAACGCUGCCUCGGACCCAAGAAGAGGAAGAUUGUGAACUACAUUUCCGGAAUACGGUCAGUCGUGAUACAAACGGGCGAUAUGUAGUGCGCUAUCCAAAGCAUAUGAACUUCCACGAAAUGAUUGGAGAAUCGAAGGAUGCAGCAAUACGAAGAUUUCAACAUUUGGAAAGGCGGUUGGCGAAGGACUCCGAACUGAAGAAGCAGUACUGCGAAUUCAUGCAAGAGUAUCUAGAUCUGGAACAUAUGAAGCUCAUCGGUUCAGUGGACGGUUUGCGGGAAGAGAAAAAACCAGUUUGUUACCUUCCUCAUCAUCCAAUUUUCAAGGAAUCAAGCUCAACAACAAAGGUGCGAGUCGUGUUCGAUGGUUCAGCAAAAACUUCUACGAAUUUUUCUCUCAAUGAUGCGCUUCUUACUGGACCGGUAAUACAGGAUGAUUUGCUAGAUCUAAUGAUACGCUUCCGCAAACACGCUGUCGCUUUGGUUGCCGACAUAGAAAAGAUGUAUCGGCAAAUACGCGUACAUUCAGAAGAUACACCAUUGCAGAGAAUUGUCUGGCGUUUCAACCCAUCAGAGCCGAUUCAGGUUUAUGAGCUUCUCACUGUCACCUACGGUCUUUCUCCAUCGUCGUUCCUGGCAACACGAGUGCUUAAGCAGUUGGCUUUGAACAGUGCGAGAAACCAAAAAUCAGUAUCUGUUGCAGUAGCGGAAGAUUUUUAUAUGGACGAUUUUCUAUCGGGAGCGGAAUCUAUUGAAGAUGCUAAGCGAUUGCGAUUCGGUGUACAAACACUUAUGGCGGAAGCAGGACUACAGCUUCGAAAAUGGAACUCAAAUAUCUCAGAAGCUUUGGAAAUUGCCCCGGAAGGACCCACCAUUCUACAUUUUGAAAAGGAACCGAAGGUGAAAACACUAGGAGUUGCCUGGGAGACUGGACCAGAUCAGUUUUGCUUCGACGUUCGCGAUAUCAAACAUGGCGAGCAAUGGACAAAGCGAAAGAUAUUUUCGGCGAUAGCUCAGUUAUACGAUCCUCUUGGACUUGUGUCACCUGUUAUAGCUUGGGCUAAGAUACACAUGCAGCAGCUUUGGUUAUCUUCCGUUGGUUGGGAUGAUCCAGUUACCGUUACUGUAAACGCUAGAUGGGAAGAGUUCUACGUUCAGUUACCUGAGUUGAGAUCGUUUAAGAUACCAAGAUGUUUGUUCCUAGCCAAACCAACGGAUACUCAGUUUCACGUUUUCUGCGAUGCCUCGGAACUGGCAUACGGAGCUUGUAUUUAUGCGCGUUCGACCAACAAGGAUGGCGAAAUCAAGGUUACGCUCAUAUCAUCAAAAUCUCGUGUAGCUCCACUCAAACGGCUUUCUCUACCUCGCUUGGAGUUGUGUGCUGCUCUUUUGGGGGCCAAACUAUACGCCCGGGUCUCAGCAGCAUUACGGAUGGAAGGAACUUCUUGCUGGUUUUGGUCAGAUUCCACCGUCACUCUACACUGGAUACAAGCACCAUCCAACACUUGGCAGACUUUCGUCGGAAAUCGCACUUCUGAAAUACAAAAUCUUACUCGAGGACAUAACUGGAACCACGUCAAAGGAGUCGAAAACCCGGCCGACUAUGUAUCUCGUGGAAUGCUACCAAGGAACUUCAUCGCAAAUAUGAUUUGGCUCGAAGGCCCAGCUUGGCUCCAAAAAUCGCAGGAAAAUUGGCCUGAACACCAUAAUCCAGAACCUCCGCCAGAAGAUAUUCUAGAGAGAAGAAAAACCGUACUAGUAGUUCAACAAAACUCGACCGUAGACUGUCUAUAUGAGAGAUAUUCGUCAUUUCUAAAGCUAGUACGUGUUACAGCCUAUAUACUACGCUUCGUAAACGCUUGUAAGAGUAAAUUUAAACAUCCAACUGAUAUAUUUGUCACAAUACAAGAAAUGCAAGCAGCCAAAGAAGCAUUAGUCAAAGGUGUGCAGCAGCAAACGUUCCACGAAGAGUUGAAGGCGUUAAAAAACAAGCGACCACUUCCAUCACAUUCAGCAUUGAAAUAUCUUCGUGCAAUAAUUGAUACUAAUGGAAUCCUUCGUGUCGGUGGCCGGCUUCAACACUCCGAAGAAGUAUACCAAGCCAAGCACCCUAUGAUUCUCCCAAACGCAUUUAUCGCCGCUUUACGUCGUUUCAUAGCACGUCGUGGUUUGCCUCAACAAAUUCAUUCCGAUAAUGGAACUAAUUUCAAGGGAGCAAAAAAUACUCUACUGGCACUGUAUCAUAUGCUCAACGAUAAACCUAGUCAUGAAAAAAUUGUCAAUGAAUGUGUCAAUAGAGGCAUUCAAUGGAAAUUCAUACCCCCUCGAGCACCCAAUUUCGGAGGGCUAUGGGAAGCAGCAGUAAAAACAGCAAAAACUUCGUUGAUCAAAACGAUCGGUCAAUGUAAACUAUCGUACGAAGAUUUCGUCACUCUAUUAACGCAGAUCGAGGCCAACAUGAACACUCGUCCACUUACUCCACUUUCGGAAGAUCCCUCUGAGCUCGACGUGUUAACUCCAGGACAUUUCCUUACGGGAUCAUCAUUGGGAGCAUUACCAGAUCCAGAUUACACUAAAAUACAACCCAAUCGAUUAAAACACUAUCAGCAAUUACAGCAGCUGAUUCAACAACAUUGGGUUCGAUGGAAAAAGGAUAGUAGUAGUAGUAGUAGUAGUAGUAGUAGUAGCAGUUGCGGAUAG